GUAGAGGGGCCGUGGGGAAGCCGCGCCGUGCCAGGGUCGCUGGAGCGCCGCCGCCGCUGCCUGUACCUGCACACGGGCCGGGCCUGGUGCCAGAUGGUGGAGGUCCUGCUCGCCGCCCUGAUCCUGGUCUGCAGCUCCGUGUCCUGUGGCUCGGCGGGAGGAUACACCGGCCUCCCCGCCCUGGGGGGCAUCUACUACUACCAGUACGGCGGGGCCUACAGCGGCUUCAGCGGGGCGGAUGGGGAGCGAGCCCAGCAGCUUGACCAACGUUUCUACUUACUGAAGCUGCCCAUUGCAAGGGCAGCGAUGGUCGUGGGAGGGUGUCUCCUGGUCUUCCCUUGUGUUCUAAUUUUGGUUAGUGUUCUGCAGGUCCCGUGGCACUUCCCAGCAUGGCUGCUAAUUGAAUGCACCUUGUACAUAGUGAUUGCAGUUGGCAUAGUGCCUGGUCUCUUGGAAUCAACAAACAAGAGUGAACAUGACAUUUAUAAGGCCAUGAAAAAAUCCUGAAAAAAACUCUCAAACUCAGUCUAACUUGUGAUACAAUGCCUUUUCAAACUCCUGGAGAGGGUGCAUUUAUGUAUUAAAUGGUCUUUUUAUAUAACUUCUAUACAAGAGUUUUGCUUAAAAAGAUGCCCUGGGUUGGGAUAAUCAGACAAAAGUUUUAUGAGAUCAAAUGGGUGAUUGAAUAUAGGAGUAUAUUGUUUUUGAAAUACAUUUUCAAUGUACAAGUUGGAGAAAUGAGAUGGUGCUUUUUUUUUUUUUUUUAAACAUUUAUAGGAAAUUUAACUGGGAAAAGUAGCACUAGAAUCACCAGCUGAUGUCUCAAAAUGAAAUGCCACUUCAGAGCAUUGUCCACUGUGUGCAUUGCUCAUAUGAGGAUGGAACCACCACAGUCUCACAGAAGAGUUCUGCCCAUAUUAAAAGAACUAAACAUAACAGAAA